UGCUCUGAUAGUUGUCACGCAGCUUACGAGGCAAGCAUGCUCACUGUCUUUCCACAACCAUAUCCUUCAUGGGGAACUCAAGUAUCUUGUGGAGAAGCGAAAGUAUUAUCUUGCUUCAUUAGCAUACGAGACACUCAAAUUCGCCCACUUGAUGACGACUGAAACGCUUGAUAUCACCCUGCCAAAAUACCUGAGGCUCGAGUUCGAUGAACUUGGCGAAGAUGGGCGCCAAUACGAUGCCCGAACCUGGUUUGGCACAUCAGUGAAUGCUUCCGAGGCUAUAUACCGUCCACGGGUCAAGCUCGAUACUCAUCACUUCUACGCACUCCAUCACGUUGUCAAUUAUGGGUCUUCGUUACGAUCAAGAGGCGAUCUUCCUGAGGAUCGCUAUCAUUAUCUGCCACGAAGUCGCCCACGCUAUCUGGUAUCAUCGCAGUAGCAUCGAGAAUCUACCUUCACCCACGACUACCCAUAACGAGCCUCUUUAUCAGUUGGUUGACAUCAGUCCCGAACUAGGGGAUGCUUGGGAGCGUUAUAUCUUCGGCGGCAACAUCUGGACUAUCGACUAUCCGGGCAAGAUCACUACGUAUUACUACCAGUUGGAUGCAACAACGGGUCGCAGCGAUGAUAAGACGCGUAUUAUAGUACCGCGUUGGUGGGUACACAUCUUCUUCCUCCAGCCGAUAUGGACCCACUUCAGUCGACUACAUCACCAGGGGCUACUGCGACUGCCGACGGAGCUCGAAAGCGGGUGCGCAUUCCGGAAGCAUUCACCAGAACCGAGCAUGAACUGGACCAUAUACACUCAAGGCGCUGAGCAGGAGCAAGCUUGCAUGAUGACGCGUUCGGUGCCAUACUUGUUAUGGAACCUUUUAAGGCCUGCUCUAGAACGCCUAGAGAAUUGCAAUAAAUUCGAAGACGGAUGGGAACGCCCGAGCGAAUCGAAACAAAAUCGGAAAGAAUAUGAGGAGAUGUGCAGGUCGCUAGUAGAUCAAGCCGCUGCAUCUCAUACAAGAACGAAACCAAACAUGUCUGUUUUGUAGCCUGCAUUAGAGUAGAAACAGUAGAUCAAAGAAUGUAGCGUUCAUGCUGGCCUCUAAAUUCUCU